AUGUCAUCCGUCGAACCGCCCUACCUGCAGUUCAGGAUGUUCUUUUCCUUCACCAAGAGAAUCAUAUGCGAAGACCCGCCCGCGAUGCGGGACUUGUUCGAUGAGGAUCACACCAUCUUCAAUGCCAUUCUAUGA